UAAGGGAGUUAUACUCCAGUCUAAUAGGUGGCGGUAAUGCAACAUUUAUUGGAUGCUAACCGCCGUUAAAACUCAUCGAAGAAGAAGCAACAACAGCCGCUUUUGACUCUUAGGAUAUAGCUAAUAUUACCACUUUGUUUCAUUUUAGCGUGGAACAAAUAUACCGGUAGCUAAUUAAUCCAGAAAUGAAUUACUAUCAACGGUGUUUUAUAUCUUUCCGUUAUUUGUUCUAGAUGGUUUUAUUGUUGUAUUCAGCGCUAGUGCCAUUUGGCUAGCUAGUAACGUUAGCUAACGCGUUAGUGAAAGAGUUUAGACAGACUCUAGCCAGGCUCUAGCUACAGGCUCUACAGGCUCUAGCUACUUUGUUUACGUCUUGCUUUACGAACUUCACCUGGCAAGCUAGCCACUCCGGUCCACUGUGGAACUAGGACACGGCAUGGUUGUGGGCAUAUAGGCAUAUCUAACAAUUGUAUUGUUCUGUCAGCCUUCCUGCCUUGGUAAAUAAAAAGUUGCAGAGUUGUUGGAGCGCUAGAGAAGGCCUUUACUAGCCUGACACUAUCACACCUGAUAAAACCGAUAAAACAUUCUGAUUGAACUGAUCAACUAGACAUGGUCGGAAGCGUCAUAGCUGAAUCUGUUGUGUUAGUGCAGGGCUGAAAAACAGUCCUGCACACUCCAGUUGGAGACUACUCCGGAGGCUUCACAGCAAAUGUCACGUGAAAGUCAUUCUGUCCAGGGUAACUGACAUAUUACACUCUCGAGCCCUCCACAGCUGAGAGGGAUGGAGAAAGUCCCGGUCAAACAGAGCCAAGUGUGUGGGCUGUGGGAGCUGAAGGAGCAGUUGGGGACCGGAGGGUUUGGACACGUUUACUUGUACCAGCACCUGGAGACAUCAGAGAAGAUAGCAGUGAAAUUGUGUCGUCUGGAGCUGAACUCAAAGAACAGAGAGCGCUGGAGUAGAGAGAUACAGAUUAUGAAGAAGUUGAGCCAUGAUAAUGUGGUGAGAGCCAGGGAGGUUCCAGUGGAGAUGAGUUUUAUAGCGCUCAAUGACCUGCCACUACUGGCCAUGGAGUAUUGCUCUAGAGGAGACCUACGCAAGCUGCUGAACAAGCCAGAGAACUGCUGUGGACUGAAGGAGAGUCAAGUCCUUUCUCUACUCAGCCAUGUUGGGUCUGGUAUCCAGUACCUCCAUGAGAAUAAGAUCAUCCACAGGGACCUGAAGCCUGAGAACAUCGUAUUGCAGGAGACCAGUGGGAAGUUUGUCCAUAAGAUCAUAGAUCUGGGUUACGCUAAAGACUUGGACCAGGGCAGUCUCUGUACAUCCUUCGUCGGAACUCUGCAGUACCUGGCUCCAGAGCUGUUUGAGAAUAAACCCUAUACUGUGUCAGUGGACUACUGGAGUUUUGGGACCAUGAUCUUUGAGUGUACCUGUGGCUUCCGCCCGUUCCUUCACAACAUGCAGCCGGUUCAGUGGACCAAUAAAGUGCGCAACAAAGGUCCCAAGGACAUCAUGGCUGUAGAGGAUAUGAAUGGAGAAGUGAGAUUCUCUACACACCUACCCUACCCCAACAAUCUGAGCAGGUCCCUGUUAGAGCCAGUGGAAUCUCUGCUACAGAUGCUGUUGUUGUGGGACCCUGCGACAAGAGGAGGAGUGACAGACCGUGACACACACACACCCUGUUGCUACACUACCCUACAGAGCAUACUCAACAUGAAGGUGAUGCAUGUGUUGGACAUGACGUCGGCCCAGCUCCACUCCUUCGUCCUUGGCAGUGAGGAGGGGUUACACUCCCUGCAGCAGCGUGUGGAGACACACACCCACACACACAUCCCUCCGCUCAGCCAGGAGCUGCUGUUGGAGACUGGAGUCUCCCUGGACCCUCGCAGACCACCAGCGCAUUGCCUCCCUGAUGGACCGCGAGGCUGGGACAAUGCCAUAGUCUACCUGUUUGAUAAGAGUCUGACUAAAUACUCUGGACCUUUCACUGCCCGACCCCUGCCUGACAGCGUCAACUUCAUAGUGAGGGAGACGAAGACCCAGCUGCCUCUUGCUGCUCUAAGGAAGGUGUGGGGAGAGGCUGUUAGCUAUGUCUGUGGUCUGAGAGGGGACUACAGCAGACUGUACCAGGGACAGAGAGCUGCCAUGUUGAGUCUGCUACGCUACAACACCAACCUGACGCGGUAUAAGAACGUGUUGUUUAGCCAGUCUCAGCAGCUCAGAGCCAAACUGGCCUUCUUCACCACCAGCAUACAACAAGACCUACAGCACUACGACCAGCAGAGAGACACUGGCAUCUCCUCUGAAAAGAUGCUGAAAGCCUGGCAGGACGAUGAACAGAAAGCUGAUGCCUUUACACAGGUAUCAGAGGUGGGCUAUCUGGAUGAGGAGAUAGUGUGUCUCCACUCUGAGAUCGUGGAGCUGCAGAGGAGUCCGUUUGCCAGGAGACAAGCUGACAUCAUGGAACAACUGGAGGAGAAGGCCAUUGAACUUUACAAGCAGCUGAAGGCCAAAUGCAAGAGUCCAGACCCCCCUCAUGGCUACAGUGACAGUUCAGAAAUGGUGAAGACCAUUGUCCAGACAGUCCAGAACCAGGACCGAAUCCUCAGAGACCUGUACACACACCUCAGUAAGAUCUUGGAGUGUAAGUGUCGUAUUGUAGCAUUGUUUCCUAAGCUGGAGGGGGCAGUGGAAAGCAUCAAGGCAGCAGAGGCUGCAGUCAUGACUAUGCAGAUGAAGAGACAGAGAGAGUUCUGGCACCUGCUCAAGAUUGCCUGUGCCCAGAAUGGCAGUCACAACUCUCUAACCCCCAGCUCAGACGCCUCUAGUCCCCCUCCUCUCACCAUGAACCCACUAAGACACACACACAGUGAGUCAGUAUGCCACCUACUGGAUGAGAACCAGCGUUACCUGAGUCAGCUGACCUCUCUACUGCAGGAGGCCUCACAGGACAAAACAUGCAAUAUCAUGGACCAGGACUGGAGUUGGACUCAGUAUGGAUCUGUGGUUGACCAAACCCUGGAGACUCUAGACACACACACGCACUAGUAAUGUGUGGGUUGACUCAUAAUCCGCAGUCCCUGCGGUGAAAUCCACAGGGUGGGCGGGUAUAGGGUCAUGAAAUAUUGUGUGGAUGAAGGGUGGGAGGCGGGCGGGUUGAAUAAAGAGAAAAUACA